AUGUUGAUGUAUGAUGCUGACUUUUGGUGGGAAAGAGCUUUGCAAAGGAUGAUGGUUGAAGCAACACUAGUUAAUUGGGGUAACUUUAAAAGGGUUUUCCUUGGGAAGUAUUUUCUUGAUGAUGUGAGGAGUCAGAAAGAGGUGAAAUUCCUUGAGUUAAGGCAAGAAGAUGGUACUGUUGCUGAGUAUGUUGCUAAGUUUGAUGAGCUUGUAUGCUAUUGUUCUUGCUACCAUGGUGAGGGUGGUGAAAGGGCUAAGUGCAUUAAAUUCAUGAAUGACCUUCAUCUUGAGGUUACGACGAUGAUCAACUAUCAAAAGAUCUAUCACUAUCCGUCGCUCGUUGACAAGUGUAGGAUCUACAAUCGUGACAAUCGUGCACAUCCUACUUUCUACAAGGGAGUUGGUCCUGUUUAUGAUGGGAGAUUCAAUGGUCGGAGUAGGAGUAAGCCUUACUCCGCUCUUGUUAAGUUUCAAAGGAAUCGUGCUAGAGGUAAUGAAAGUAAGUCUGUUGUUGGAAGCUCUUUUGUGAGUGGUGCUACUAGUGUAGGAGGCUCUAUUUCUAUACUUUUUGGUAGAUGCAAGAAGUGUGGGCAACAUGAGCAUGAACACUAUAAUUGUCCUAACAAGGAGAUCACGUGCUUCAACUACAAUGGCAAGGGUCUUAUUAGUAAUUAG